GGGGCCCAGCACGCGGGGGCCCAGCACGCGGGGGCCCAGCACGCGGGGGCCCAGCACGCGGGGGCCCAGCACGCGGGGGCCCAGCACGCGGGGGCCCAGCAUGGGGGGGCCGUGAUCCGGGACCUGGUGAUGGAGCAGCUCAGUGUGUGUGCUGGUGAAGACCAGCUGCUGGAGGUGGUGGGGAAGAACAAGGCCAAGCUGACAGUGAACCACGUGGGCUGUGCCAUCAGCAUGCUGUGGAGGUUCCAGAAGGAAAGGCCUGAGAUCAUGAGGACUGUGGAGUUCGUCAGGAGCCACCCUCAGUUCCUGAGUCUACGGGUUCUGGCUGAAAACAAAAUUGCACUCAUGGAUGAUUCUGUUUUGGUGGACAUGCUUUAUAAUGUACUGAGGCUCAAUGUGGAACAUCACGACUCUCUUGUUCAGCAGUUGGUGUCAGAGGCAUGGCUCAGACUUGACAGAUUUUCGUUGCCGUCCCUUUCCAAGUUUGCCGUCUGUCUUGGGGAUCAGCACCUACAUCAAAGUCCUCUCAUGGGUCAGAUCACUGAAAUAGUGAACCAGAAACUCUCCUCCAUUGACAAUUCAAGAGUCCUGAGUACUUUGAUGAUCAGCGUGUCGUCUUUGGCGUCCUCCCGUUUACGUGACGCUCUCGUCGAAAGAGCCGACCUCCUCCUGGACGACGUGAACCCAGCCCGGUACAACUGCCCCAGACGGGUGGUGCAGUUCCUGAGGAACAGCAGGCACUCCCACCGGCCGCUGUUGGAGAAGUGCAACCGGAUCUUCCUGAACAACGUCCACCACAUGGACGCAGAGAACAUCGGCAUCAUCAUGGGCCUGUACCAGGGGCUGCAGUUCCAGAACUGUGACUUCCGCUUAGCAGCCAAUCAGAGGCUGCUGGAGCUGGUGGACUCCAGCACAGAUCCAGUCUCCUUCACCAAGCUGUUCGUUGCUCUGGGGCCCAUGGCUGGGGAGGACACCAGAGAGAGGUUGGAGGGUACCGCGCUGCUAUUGGCUGAGGAGUUCAACGCCCAGCAGGCGCUGGCUAUAAUAGACACCCUGGAAGAGAUUCAGUGUCGGAAUCUUAGUUUGAUCCACAAGAUUGCGUCCAUACUUAACAAGAACCUGCAUGUCUACAAGACAGUGGACGUGGCCAGGGUCACCCAGUCCCUCAUUUUUCUGCACUACCAGAGUCCUGACCUUUUCACUAAGCUACGCAACAUUGUGGUUAAGUUUCUGCAGGACACCGUCUUCCCAUACGAGGUGACCAUGCUGAGCCGGGUGCUGUCCAUGCUGCCUCACCCUCGACCCGAUGACGUCGUGAUGUCCAGGGUGGACGCGGUUCUCCCUCAGUGUAACCUUAACGACCUGAACGCCAUUGCCAUGUCCAUCGCUAAGUGGGUGCACAACGACCCCUCCUACAGACACAGCACGCCCAGCAAGUACGUGCGUCAGCUGCAGACCCUGAACCGCUGCGGUCACAGCCGCCUCCUGACCGCCAAGCGCCUGGACUUGCUCCUGGAGGAGCUCCGGUACAUCACCGGAGAGUGGUUCGAUGAGAUGCUGUUGGAAGAAACCAUGGUUACGCUACGGAGGAUGGAGGACCAGAUCUCCUGGAGCAACGUUCCCGAGUUGGCCAUUUUCCUGACCAAGACAGGCCACCUCUGCCCUCCUCUGCUGGACCGCAUCGCUGAUGUGAUCAUGAAAGAUAUCAGCAAGAUUCACUACUCUGCAACGUAUGCCACCUUGUUACCCUUCGCUGUACUCAACUAUGAUCCCCCAGGAGUGGACGAGAUGUUUGAAGUAUCCAUUGAGCAUAUCAAACCACAUAUCGGCUCGUUCGACCCUCAUCUGCUCGUUCUUCUCGCCUAUGCCUUGGCAGUGGCAGACUGCUUUCCUGAGGAGAUGGUCAGAGAAAUCUUCAGCGUGGAUUUCCUUUCCAAGCUGGAUGCUCAGUUAGAAAUCCUGCCGGAUGCCCUGAACAUGCGGAUCCGCCUGCGUCUCAUGGAGCUGAACCGGGCCGUGUGCCUGGAGUGCCCCGAGGUCCAGGUGCCCUGGUUCCACGAGCGCUACUGCCAGCAGCUGCAGAACAGAGGCUCCAGCAGUCCUGUCCAGCAGCAGGUCCACAGGAUGCUGGGAGAGGUCCUUGGUGGGAUUAACUGUGCUAAAGUAGCAGUGGUGGCCCCAUACUUCUAUACAGUCGGCUUUGAAUGUAUCCUGGACAGACACCACCGGCCGAUACCCUACUGCGAUUCGAGCCAGCUGCAGAUCUCUGAUGUUGGGAAAGUCCGCUGGGAAUCCAACUCACCAGGGCAGGACAGGAGGGAACUGCCCCCAGGAGCACAACGUGUUGCCGUGGACUUCCUGGAUUCCAAAUCCUUUUGCAAAAACUCCCGUCAUAUGAAAGGGGAAGCUGUGAUGAGAAAGCGACAUCUUGAAAUACUGGGAUAUCAUGUUGUACAGAUCCCUCAUUUUGAAUGGAAUUCUAUGGAGCUGUCCACGCAGGAUGCUUGGAAGGAAUAUUUAAAAAAGAAGAUAUUUACGGAUUUGCCUUGAGACAAUAGUUGCUUUCCCUACUGAGCUGUGAGAGACUCAUUAACGGGGUUCUGAUUAAGUGUUCCUUAUUUUCUCAAGAAAUCCAAGAGUUUAAAUGAGGCUACCUCACACAGACUGCCAAGUGGAAUGCUUUUAUAUGAAUUGCUGUAUUCGUCAACUGAUAUUAAAAGUUUGUUACAA